UUAAAAACACACACAUAAGUGUCUCGAUCGCUCAUUUAUUCAACUCACACACAUCGGGCACCUACUGUGUACACCGCCUUCCCCCGGGGGCCCUGGGUCUUCGAACCCAAUGGGCGCUCCCCAGACAUCCUGCGCGCGGACGCGGGAAGCCAGAUGUCCCUCGGGCGCGGCGGAAGCGGAGCGGCCACCGCCGCGGAUUCCCAGGGCUUCCGGGAAUUUCACGGCUCCACCCGAGAGCAGACUCCCGGAGGCGGCCAGGCCCGGCCGACCCGCGUCCCGGGGCGCCGCCAAGGUUGGCUAGGACAGACUCGCUGGCCCCCGAGAGGACGCUGUCCAAGUCCCCAGCCGGGGGCCCCGCGUAGACCUGGAGUGGAUGCCCCCUCCUUCCCUUCAUGAUUCGCUUGUAGCGCAGUGGCGAUGGAUGAUGAGGAUGGGAGAUGCUUACUAGACGUGAUCUGUGACCCUCAGGCCCUCAAUGACUUCUUGCAUGGGUCGGAGAAGCUGGACAGUGAUGAUCUCCUGGAUGCCCCCGGGGAGGCCCAAAGUGCCUUCUAUGAAGGUCCUGGGCUCCAUGUGCAAGAAGCUUCCGGCAACCACCUGAACCCGGAGCCCAGCCAGCCGGCCCCCAGCGUGGACCUGGACUUCCUGGAGGAUGACAUCCUGGGCUCGCCCACCACGGCGGGUGCCGGUGGAGGGGGCGGGGGCGCCGACCAGCCCUGCGACAUCCUUCAGCAGAGCCUGCAGGAGGCCAACAUCACGGAGCAGACACUUGAGGCUGAGGCCGAGCUGGACCUGGGCCCCUUCCAGCUGCCCACGCUGCAGCCCGCAGAUGGUGGGGCAGGCCCGACAGGCGCUGCGGGGACGGCUGCUGUGGCUGCAGGACCCCAGGCCCUCUUCCCCGGCAGCGCUGACCUGCUGGGGCUGCAGGCCCCGCCCACAGUGCUGACCCACCAGGCCCUGGUGCCACCCCAGGACGUGGUCAACAAGGCUCUGAGCGUCCAGCCCUUCCUGCAGCCUGUGGGCCUGGGCAACGUGACCCUGCAGCCCAUCCCGGGCCUCCAGGGCCUGCCCAACGGCAGCCCUGGGGGCGCUUCAGCCGCCACUCUUGGCCUGGCGCCCAUCCAGGUGGUGGGCCAGCCCGUCAUGGCACUCAACCCACCCACUUCGCAGCUCCUGGCCAAGCAGGUGCCUGUCAGUGGCUACCUGGCCUCAGCGGCCGGCCCCUCGGAGCCAGUGACGCUGGCAUCGGCUGGUGUGUCCCCCCAGGGGGCCGGCCUGGUCAUCCAGAAGAGCCUUCCGGCGGCCGUGGCCACCACACUCAACGGGAACUCAGUGUUUGCAGGGGCAGGGGCCGCCACGGUGGCGGCCAGCGGGGCAGCAUCAGGACCGCCGCUGGCAGUGGCCCCAGGCCUGGGCACGUCACCUCUGGUGCCAGCGCCCAAUGUGAUUCUGCACCGCACACCCACGCCCAUCCAGCCCAAGCCCGCCGGCGUGCUGCCCCCCAAGCUCUACCAGCUGACACCCAAGCCCUUCGGCCCUGCAGGUGCCACACUCACCAUCCAGGGUGAGCCGGGGGCACUGCCGCAGCAGCCCAAGGCCCCACAGAACCUGACUUUCAUGGCAGCCGCGGGCAAGGCCGGCCAGAACGUGGUGCUCUCGGGCUUCCCAGCGCCUGCCCUGCAGGCCAACGUCUUCAAGCAGCCCCCGGUCAGCAGCGCAGGCACAGCGCCGCCACAGCCCCCGGGGGCCCUGAGCAAGCCCAUGAGCGUCCACCUGCUGAACCAGGGCAGCAGCAUCGUGAUCCCUGCGCAGCACGUGCUGCCGGGCCAGAACCAGUUCCUGCUGCCUGGGGCGCCUGCCGCCGUCCCCCUGCCCCAGCCGCUCUCCGCCCUGCCGGCCAGCGUGGGCGGCCAGAUCCUCACAGCAACAGCCCCUCACCCGGGCGGCCAGCUCCUCGCCAACCCCAUCCUCACCAACCAGAACCUGGCGGGCCCGCUGAGCCUGGGCCCGGUCCUGGCCCCCCACUCGGGGCCCCACGGCGCUGCACACAUCCUCUCGGCUGCGCCCAUCCAGGUGGGCCAGCCGGCGCUCUUCCAGAUGCCUGUGUCGCUGGCCGCCGGCAGCUUGCCCACCCAGAGCCAGCCGGCCCCCGCUGGCCCCGCCGCCACCACCGUCCUCCAGGGGGUCACGCUGCCCCCCAGUGCCGUGGCCAUGCUCAACGCCCCCGAUGGGCUGGUGCAGCCGGCCGCCCCUGCCGCCACCACCGGGGAGGCCACGCCUGUCCUUGCGGUGCAGCCUGCUCCCCCGGUGCCCCCUGUGGUCAGCACCCCACUGCCCCUGGGCCUCCAGCAGCCGCCGGCACAGGCCCCGCAGGCCCCUGCCCCGCAGGCCACCGCCCCACCUCAGGCCAGCACCCCCCAGCCCAGCCCCGGCCUGGCAUCCAGCCCAGAGAAGAUCGUCCUGGGGCAGCCUUCUGCAGCCGCCACAGCCAUCCUCACUCAGGACUCCCUGCAGAUGUUCCUGCCCCAGGAGAGGAGCCAGCCGCCCCUCUCCACAGAGGGCCCCCACCUGUCCGUGCCGGCCUCAGUCAUAGUCAGCGCCCCGCCUCCUGCCCAAGACCCAGCCCUGGCCAACCCCAUCGCCAAAGGAGCUGGCCACGGCCCUCAGGCCAACAGCCAGGCCUCCCCGGCUCCGGCCCCCCAGAUCCCAGCGGCGGCUCCACUGAAGGGCCCCGGCCCCUCCUCGUCCCCGUCACUACCUCACCAGGCCCCCCUGGGAGACAGCCCCCACAUGCCCUCCCCGCACCCCGCCAGGCCCCCCUCCCGCCCGCCCUCCCGGCCCCACUCCCGCCCGCCGUCCCAGCCCCAGAGCCUCUCCCGCCCACCCUCUGAGCCGGCCCUGCACCCCUGCCCACCACCUCAACCGCCCCCAACUCUGCCCGGCAUCUUUGUCAUCCAGAACCAGCUGGGCGUCCCCCCGCCCACCAGUGCCCCGGCCCCCACGGCCCCAGGUCCACCCCAGCCCGCCUUGCGGCCCCCGUCCCAGCCCCCUGAGGGCCCACUGCCCCCGACCCCCCACCUCCCUGCGGCCUCCACCCCCUCCGGAGUGACCUCCUCUGAGACGCCCACCAGGUUGCCGGCCCCCACGCCUUCAGACUUCCAGCUCCAGUUCCCACCCGGCCAGGGGCCCCACAAGUCCCCCACCCCUCCGCCGACCCUCCACCUGGCCCCCGAGCCCGCGGCUCCCCCCCCACCGCCUCCUCGGACCUUCCAGAUGGUGACCACCCCCUUCCCAGCGCUGCCCCAGCCGAAGGCUCUGCUCGAGAGAUUUCACCAGGUGCCGUCCGGAAUCCUCCUCCAGAACAAGGCCGCGGGAGCCCCUGGCACCCAGCAGACUCCCACCAGCCUGGGGCCCCUCGCCAACCCCACUGCUUCGGUGCUGGUCAGCGGGCCUGCCCCACCCGGGACCCCCACCGGCUCCAGCCACCCCCCCGCCCCGGCACCCAUGGCCACCACAGGCCUCGCUCCUCUGCUUCCGGCCGAGAGCAAAGCUUUUCCCAGCAACCUGCCGAUUCUGAGUGUGGCCAAGACCGCAGCACCUGGGCCAGCGAAGUCUUCCGGGCUGCAGUAUGAGGGCAAGCUGAGCGGCCUGAAGAAAACCCCCACCCUGCAGCCCAGCAAGGAGGCCUGCUUUCUGGAGCAUUUGCACAAACACCAGGGCUCCGUCCUCCACCCCGACUACAAGACAGCCUUCCCCUCCUUCGAGGACGCCCUGCACCGCCUCCUGCCCUACCACGUCUACCAGGGCGCCCUCCCUUCCCCUAGCGACUACCACAAAGUGGACGAGGAGUUUGAGACGGUCUCCACACAGCUGCUGAAACGCACCCAUGCCAUGCUCAAUAAGUACCGGUUGUUGCUCCUGGAGGAGUCCCGGCGAGUGAGCCCCUCAGCGGAGAUGGUGAUGAUAGACCGCAUGUUUAUUCAGGAGGAGAAGACCACCCUUGCCUUGGAUAAACAGCUGGCCAAGGAGAAGCCCGACGAAUACGUGUCUUCCUCGCGCUCCCUCGGCCUACCCGUGGCGGUGGCCUCUUCCGAGGGCCCCCGGCCACCCAGCCACGGCCCUGCGCCGCCCGUAGCCCCUGGCGUCCCUGCGCCUGCGCAUCCGCCCACCAAGCUCGUGAUCCGGCACGGCGGGGUGGGCGGCUCCCCCUCCGUGACCUGGGCCCGCACCUCGUCCGCGACCUUGCCGUCCCCGUCCCUGUCGUCCUGCGCGGCCUCGUCCCUGGACGCCGACGAGGACGGCCCGAUGCCAUCACGCAACCGCCCGCCCAUCAAGACAUACGAGGCGCGCAGCCGCAUCGGCCUGAAGCUGAAGAUCAAGCAGGAGGCGGGGCUCAGCAAGGUGGUGCACAACACGGCGCUCGACCCAGUGCACCAGCCUCCGCCCACCGCUAGCCAGGUCAACGGCACGGCCGAGCGCGCGUCCCCCGCCCCCGAGCGAGAGCGCAAGCCGUCCGGGCCGGGGCCGGGGCCAGGACCUGGGCCGGGGCCGGGGCCCGGCACGCACGGCCCGCGCCUGCCGCUGCGCAAGACUUACCGCGAGAAUGUGGGCGGGCGCGCCGAAGAGGCCACCAGCGGGCUCAUCCGCGAGCUGGCGGCGGUGGAGGACGAGUUGUACCAGCGCCUGCGCAAGGCGGCAGCGCCCGAGCCCGCGGCCCCCAGCGCCCCGGACCCCGACCCCGGUUGGGACGCAGCCCCCGCGCCGCCUGCCAAGCGGCGCAAGUCCGAGUCACCCGACAUGGACCAGGCCAGCUUCUCCAGCGACAGCCCGCAGGACGACGCGCUCACGGAGCACCUGCAGAGCGCCAUCGACAGCAUCCUGAACCUGCAGCAGCCGCCCGGCCGGCCCGGCCCGCACCCCGCGCCCCAGUCCCCGCCGCCUCUGCACAGGCCCGAGGCCUUCCCGCCCUCCAGCCACAACGGGGGCCUGGGCCCCGGCAGGACGUUGAACAGAUAACACCGGGCCGCCGCCUGCCCUGCCCGGGAACACCGGCGGGGACCCCAUAGUCCUUCUUGCCUAAGUUAUUUGAGUCACAAAGGCCUCCUCUCCUUGGGGGUUGUUGAGGGUCCGGUGGGGCGCGUGGGUUCAGGGGAGGGGCUGUCAUGUACAUGUGUCCCCCGCCAAAGGAGGGGCUCCCUGGUGCGGCGCUUCUGGUUCUUCCCAUUUCCGGCUGCAGCCGGCUUUGCUGGGCGCGCGUGAGCGUGUGUGCCCGGGAGGGGGAACCGGGUGUUCCCACGGCCCGGCCCAGGCACCGGUCUUGUCUGUGUGGCAUCAGGAUCGUGGCCAGGGGUGUUGGGGGUCCUGCCAGGCCCCGAGCCUCCUGGCCCAGGCUGUAAACCAAACCCGAGGAGGGCACCCGCGGGCCCUGCCCAGUUGUGCCUGCGCAUCCGUGUGUGUGUGUGCACGCGCACGUGCGCGUGCAAGUGAGAGAUCCUGGUCGCUCAGUCCCUCCCUUGGGAAUCUCAGCCGCGGCCCGGGCUCCUCCCUCCUCCAGCCGUCUUCCCGCUCCUUCCUGCCUCCCACGCCACGUUUUGAAAUCUCGGAGACAGAACUAGUACUGUAAGAUAAAUUUUUUUGUACUGUAUUUAUUGUGUAUAACGAUUUUUUAAAAGGAGAAUUCUGUACAUUUAGAACUCUUGUAAAUUAAAAAACCAAUCCUUUUUUUUAAGACUGUA